AUGCGUCCGCACCUCCUCUCCGCCCUGUGCAUGCUCGUCACGGGCAUCUACGCCCAGUCCGGGAACACCGGCACAGACACCGGAAACACCCUCUGUACCGGCGCGUGCACGGCGAGCGCCAAGGAGCUGUCGUGUGGACAGCUCGGGAAGCCCGAGGCAAGUUCUCACUACUUUUUCUUUCACCUUCUCACAGGAAAAGGAAAAGGGUUCAUACUAACCAGGCUACUGUCAACACGUCCGCUGCGCAAUCUACUCGUGCAAUAUAUUGUUGAUUUUCUGGAGUCUGGUAUCAAGACGGAUCCGGAAUAG